AUGGCAAGGAAAAUCGUGGCCGAGGCCGCAGACGAUUCACAGCAACCGCCAGACAGACAUCUUUUCGGCCUGUUGAGACAGACUGCAGAGCGAUUCCCGCACCACGACGCCGUUGUCGCACUGCGACAAAGCGAGGAACAUGAGUCUGCCGGAGUCAAGGUGCAGAAGCCUUUGCGCUGGACCUUUUCAGAGCUGCACGCCCGGGGUGUGCGCUUGGCUGCCUCUUUAGCACAGGCAGGCAUCGGCAGCGGCAGUCGCAUUGCAGCCUUCCUCUUGAACGAAGCUGAGUGGGCUGUUUUGUUCUGGGCUGCAGCUCGCCUCGAAUGUCAAUUUGCCCCGUUGGAUCCUCGGAUGCUCGGUCAGCGCGCAGAUACUCUUCAUUUGUUGCGAAAGCUGGACCCUGCCGCGGUUUUUGUUUCGGCGGCGCCCAUGACCACGCCUUUAGAUGCCGCACUGCAAGAGGGGGGAUUCCAGCCUAUCUUGAAGGGCAUCACCAGAGCCGCAAGCGACGAACCCGUCCCAGAAAGCUGGACAACAUUACCACAACUGAUGGCCAACGCAUCGGACGAGUCCAUCCUUCCUCCUUCACCCACAAACACCGACAAGACUGUUCUCAUUCUCUUCACCAGUGGAACCACAUCCCUGCCGAAGGGCUGUCCGCAUACCACGCUCUCGAUCGCCACACCGGGCCUGAUGGUCGUGAACACCUUGAGCAUCGAACCCGGCGAUCUUCUCUGCGGGCAUCUACCCAGUUUCCACAUUUUCGCAAUUGUGAUGACGCUUGGAACCUGGUUCAGUGGAGCGACGGUUGUCUAUCCCAGCCCGACCUUCGACCCCGCCGCUUCCUUGGAAGCCAUCCGCCUCGGACCGAAAGUCCACACGGCGUGUGUGCCGUCCAUGGUUCAGGCCAUCGCCGCUCAGAUCACCCCGGAAAGCGAUCCGCUCGAGUCUCUAUACCAGAUCGUGCUGGGUGGCGCUUCGUUGUCGCCCAGCAUCGUCGAGCUCUGUCUGUCGCUUGGCGCGAGUCGGGCCAUCGCAGGAUACGGAACCACAGAAGGCGUGGCUACCCUGCUGAAUUUCUACGAGGCCGCAUCGCACCAGAAGAUCCAAGGAGAGGUGUGCUUGGGUCCCCCACGAGCCGGCGCCAAAGUCAAGAUCUGCGCGCCUGAUAGCCGGGUUCCCAUCCGUCGAGGCCAGCUCGGGGAGUUGCAUCAGGGUGGUUAUCCUAUUUUUGGAGGAUAUCUCGAUGCAAGUGCAGAAGACAACAGCACUUGCUACACUGAGGACGGUGUGAACUGGUCUGCGACCGGUGAUCAAGGUUAUAUGGACAAAGACGGUAAUGUCUACCUCCUGGGCAGAUACAAAGACCUGAUCAUCCGCGGUGGCGAGAACAUCUCGCCUGUCAAGAUCGAGCAGUGCUUGACCAAACUCCCUGGAGUCAGGGAGGCUUAUGUCGUAGGGAUUCCCGAUCCCGUGGCCGGUGAAGUGCCGAUGGCUGUGAUCCGUCGCGACAAAUCCGUCGAUGUGUCCUCAAGCACGCUGCAGGCUAAGGUGCAGGAAGAGCUCGGACGCUCGUUUGCUCCCACCAUGAUUCUCGAGCUGCAGGAUGACUUGAAGCAAGAGCGUUACCCCACUACCACCACCGGCAAGGUUUUGAAGCCGAAUCUGAAAACCUUGGUGGUUGAAUACCUGGAGCAGCAGACCACCAUGGAUCCUACCUCUGGAGACUUCGUUUCUCAAGCCGCUGCCAUCUGGGCGUCCAUUACCGGAGUCAAAGCGGACCAGCUCGAUCUCGACGCUCCUAUCCGAACCUUCGCCGACAGCAUGAUGAUGAUCCAGUACUUGCAUACCGCCACCAAGCGGCUUGGACGGGUGACACGCAAAGACCUGAUCGAGCACGACACGAUUCGGAAGCAAGCCCAGUUUCUGGCCGAUCGCAGCAUAGCCAGCAUGAAAGCGCCGGUCGUUCAGGCGCCUACCAACGACGCUCAGCACACUUACCUCGAUCCAGCUCGGGUACAGCAGGUAGGCGAAUCGACCCUUCGCCCACUUGGAUUUGGCUGGGACGACGUUGAGGACACAAUGCAUGUUACCGACACCCAGACCUGGUUCUUGAAAGAUACCCUCAGUCCCAGCGCCUUCAAGAUCCGAACCUCUUGGAUUGCCGCGCCCGACCUGAGCGCGGAGUACCUCGAGGCUAUUCUCCACCUGUGGCUGCAUCGCCAUCCGCUUCUGCGCAGCACCGUCGCACAGUACGACAAGGACCGGAUGAUCUGGAUGGUCAUGCGCCCGACCGCCAGAUGGAUGAAGCUGCACAUUGCCCAUGACAAUGAAGUGGAUCACAUUGCUGCGUUGUCUGCAUACAAGGCCGACAACCCUUGGGAAGGCUGCGUCGUGCUGCCCGGUCCCUUCCUGAAGGCGACCAUCGUCAAGGAUCGCCACUCAUCUCGUGCGGGUGUAGUCCUACACUGCCACCACGGCAUCUACGACGCGGUGACCAUCUUCCGCUGGCUGCAGGACUUCAAGGACCUCCUUGCCAACCAUGGUCUUCCGCGCAUGGACUUCCGCAACUAUGGCCGGUUCAUCUCCGACUACCAGAAGUACAUUUACAGCCAAGCCGCCGAUGAUGCCGUCGACUUCCACGUCAAGCGUCUGAAGGGCGUCUCAGCUGCGCAGGAUGUGCCUUGGCCGCGCCUGUCCACAUGGAACGAAGUCCGGGCCAAGGGGCUGGACCCGUUCAUCAGCGGCUCGACCAAGAAGUACAUCCACCUGCCCCGGCUGGCGGAAAUGCGCAGCGCGUCAAACAUCCCCGUUCCCGUUGUCGGCAAGUGCGCGUGUGUCUUACUCAACGCGCAUCGGACGGGCGUCUCCGAAGCGGUGUUCAACGUCGCCGCGUCCGGGCGAUUCUGGCCCGGUGCGGAGAACGACGAGACCCUCAUCCAGCACCCCAACCCGCUGGAGAUCGACGGGCCAAUGAUCGGGUUCUUCGUCGAGCGCGUCACCGUCGAUCCCCGUGAAACGGUCCGCUCUCUACUGACACGUCUCACGGAGGACCAGGAUGUGGCCAGUCUAUAUACUCAUGCCCCCUUCAGUCGUGUUCUGAGCCGCCUCCGGGAGCUGGAUGUUGCUGCGGGCACCGACGACGCGACCUUCAUCGAACAGGCGGCCUUCAAUCAGGUUUUCAACUGGCGCUUGGAGCAGUACUCCGAGCAGGAGACGGAUCCCAUCCGCAUGGUUGACUUCCGUGGUGGAUACGAUCUCGGGCUCAUCUGGCUUCCUACUCUCUUGCCAGACAAUAUCUUGGAGCUGGAGGUCAUUAGGAACACGCUGGCAUUGAAUGACAAGGAGACGGUGGAGAUCAUGGCGGAGUAUCUGUCCAUUAUGGCGUGGCUGUGUGACCCCGAGAAUCUGGAGAAGCCCCUGUCGGAGUGCCGUUAUGAGGGAUCGGUGUGUUGGUAG